AUGGUCACCACCCGGAACAUGCUGCGCUCGGGAGUCGAGUCGCCCGGAGAAAUCACCACACCAAAGAAGCUGCCCGUCCGCUCAAAGGACGCAACCCCCAAGGGCACACCCAAGUCCACACCCAGAGCCACCCCCAAGAAGGGCUCCGCCAAGAAGGAUGAGAGCGCCCGGCCGUCUUCAAAAAAGAAGUCGUCUCUCGUGGUGGAGCUGAAAGCGGACUCGACCCCGUCCAAGAGCGCCGACAUCCAGGAGCCGUCCAUCAUCACAGGGCCCGAGCAGCCGGCGCCGGAGGUGGAGGACAAGGUCAUCAAUGACUCGGAGGAGUCGCCAGAGCCCGUGAACGAGGAGGAGCAGGAGGCGGAGGAGAAGGAGGAGGCACCGGCUGCUGAGGCGGCGGACGAUUCAGACUCGGACGAGGCCCCUGAGGCUGUUUCGACGAGCAAAGCUGCGGUGCAGGCGAAGAAGUCCGCUCAAGCUGCCAACAAGGCCAUUGCAGAACAAGCCGCUGCUCAAAAGCGCAAGCGCCAGGAGCGCAACACCCGCCUCCAGGAACAGGCUGCAGUUCGCAAGGCGCAGAAGCCCGCGCCCGCGGAGAAGGUAAAUGACGAGGACGAGGAGAUGGAGACCGCCGCAGCGGAGGCUGAGGACUUGGCGGACGCAGAGCAGGCUGACGCGGCGGCGUCCAAGAAGCCCACCCGCCGGAGACUCGAUCUGCCGGCCGAGCUCCCGGCCGAGUUCCUCGAGUCCGACUCGGAAGACGACGGCGAGGACGGCGCCGAGGGUCAGCCCCGCAAGGCGCGCAAGCUCAACACCGCCAAGGCGCAGAUUUCGCGCGAGGGCCGCGGCCCCAAGGACGAGGUCGUGGGGUCGACCGUGUUCCGGGUGGUGAAGCAGGAGGACCAGAGGCUCGCGCCCAAGUCGCACAAGUACUCGAUCGGCACUAAGAAGGCGAUGCUGGCGCGCGGCAGGACGGCCGUGGGAGUGAAGAAGGGGUUUUUGGUCGGCACGACGCAGCAGACAGAUAAGAAGGUAAAGGAUAAGAGGCGGAGAUGA